UAUCUAAAAUAUAUAAUGAAAUUAUCUGCUAUAUAGACCAAUUUCUUCCUUAUCUUAGGGUUUGCAGAUAAACCUCAAUUUGGGGGUUUAGCAUCAGAACUGCAGCGAACACCGACUCUCUUGAACUUUUGGGUUUACGCAAAGGUUGAAGAUAGAUGGACCCUAAACUAUUACUUUCUUCACCUUCGUCAUCUUCUACCCCGUUACCAUUCUUCAUCUCAAACACUCUCCCUUUCCAUCAAAAACCGAACCUUUCUCUCAAACUUCAAAAAUCCCAAUUUUGGGGAACGAAUUUGAGUUGGGUAGAAUCACAAUCACGUGCAAGAGUGGAUGCGGUGGGGCCAAUAAGAGCCGCAGUGAAGAGAAGGAAAGAGCUUCCCUUCGACAACGUGAUACAGAGAGACAAGAAGCUGAAAUUCGUGCUUAGGGUAAGGAAGAUUCUAGUGAGUCAACAAGAUAGGGUUAUGUCUCUUAGGGAAUUGGGUAAAUUCAAAAGAGAUUUGGGUCUUGAUAGAAAGAGGCGUCUUAUUGCUCUAUUGAAGAAAUUCCCUGCAGUUUUUGAGAUUUUGGAAGAAGGGGUUUACUCUCUCAAAUUCAAAAUGACCCCUGAAGCUGAAAGGAUUUAUUUGGAGGAAUUGAAGGUUAGGAAUGAAAUGGAGGAGUUAGUUGUUGUUAAGCUUAGGAAAUUGUUGAUGAUGUCGCUAGAAAAGAGGAUUUUGUUGGAGAAAAUAGCGCAUCUUAGGGCUGAUUUGGGACUCCCACAAGAAUUUCGUGACACCAUUUGUCAUAGGUACCCUCAGUACUUCAGAGUGGUUGCAACAGCACGGGGCCCUGCUCUUGAAUUGACACAUUGGGACCCCGAGCUUGCGGUUUCUGCAGCCGAGUUAUCUGCUGAGGAGAAUCGAAUUAAGGAACUUGAAGAACAGAAUUUGAUCAUAGACAGGCCUCUCAAGUUCAAUAGGGUGAGGCUUCCUAAGGGUCUUAAUCUUUCCAAGGGUGAGAUGAGGAAGAUAAUGCAAUUUAGGGACUUGCCUUAUAUAUCCCCUUAUUCGGAUUUCUCUGGACUGAGGCCAGGAUCAAGGGAGAAAGAGAAGCAUGCUUGUGGAGUUGUUCAUGAGAUUUUGAGUCUCACCAUGGAGAAACGAACGCUUGUUGAUCACUUCACGCAUUUUCGAGAGGAGUUCAGAUUCUCUCAGCAGCUGAGGGGGAUGUUGAUAAGGCAUCCUGAUAUGUUUUAUGUCUCACUUAAAGGGGAGAGAGAUUCUGUGUUUCUGAGGGAAGCUUAUCGAGAUUCUCAGUUGGUGGAGAAGGACCGUUUGUUACUCAUAAAGGAAAAGCUUCGUGCUCUGGUUAAUGUUCCUCGUUUUCCCAAGGGAGCUGCUCGCAGGAUAGCCGAAGAUAGCAUGAAAGAAAAUGAUGGCAGAGAAGAUGAAAGUGGUGAAGAGGAAGAAGGAUGGUCAGAAGUUGAUAAUUUAGGGAGUGACGAUGGAUUUGAUGACAUUGAUGACUAUGAUUGGAGCGAUGAAGAUGACGACGACGAUACACCACCAGACUUUUUUGAGGAUGCUGAGACGUUGGAGAUUGGACAAGGAAAGACAACUAAACAAGUUGAGGACUCAAGACAGAAUGAUGGAAAGGUCCUUGUUCCUGUAUUCCCUGAUGGUCGCCCCAGAGAACGUUGGUGAUCUUCACAAAGAGCUUUCAGGCUUGGGAGUUUUCAAUACAAGAAAGCAUCUGCCUUCAAAUUUGAUUUGUGAUGGGUGCUGUACACAGUGCUUGUUGAAAUUCAACUUCUUUGUUUUCACUUGUUUGAUCCUCUUUUGAUAAGAUUUGUAUAGAAGGUUGAAUUUCACUUGCAAGCUCUGCAUAUUAUCUUGUAACUGAUAUACAUUUCUUGGUCUUGAAUCUUAAUAGUUAAGACUUAAGAAGUGCAUUUUUUACUUGAGGAUACUUUUUGUUCAUAACACUUGAAUCAAUG